CUUUUUGCCUUUCUUUACCAGGUCAACAUUCACAAUGUUCGAACAAGUCGUAGCUAUUCAUGCGGCCCAUAUUACCCUAUUAUUAUUCUAGAGUGACCUUUUUCGUCGCUGAUGACUUUCUUCCUUGCGCAAGGGUUAAAGGGCUUGCCCUUUUAAAAAAAACUUAUACAUAUGUACGAUUGUUUUUGACGAGCCCCGACGGUUUUUUUUUCAAACUGUCUCUGUUCUAUCAGAUACACACACAUUCCCAUCAUGUCAACACGAACUCGUUUUGACGGUGAAGUAGAGUUGGUCUGGAAUAUCACCCACAUCUCCUCCCUCGUCUCCAUAUUUCUCAGUUUGAUCGGUGAAGUAUACCUUUUUAUUCACAUAAGAAGGUACUUUAUAGCAAGACGUCGCAAUGGCCGCUAUACGUCGCCAUCACGAAGACCUCCAGCUGUUGUAGCCUUUGCUGCUGCGAUCGCCAUCUCCGACUUUUUGUUCAGUGUUCACCAUGGGAUUGAUCACCUUCACAGUCUCAUCACUGGUUACGUAGCCGAUGGUGCCCUCUGUGAAUGGCUCGGAUUCGGCAGCUUGCUGGGAUUAGACUCGACGGCAGUCUGGUCCUUUAUGCUCGCUUUAUACAUGUCUUGCUUGGUGCUCUUUGGUAUUCGCUUGGACGAUAACGAACGAAAGGCCUGGACCUUCAUGGCUCUGAUAGGUUGGGGCGUACCUCUUGUAGCCGGCAUCAUUGUCUUGUGUCUGGGAUUCGUGGACAAUGCCGGAAUGUUUUGCAUGGUGAACCAAAAGGUUGCCUCUGUGGUCCUCAAGCCGGGUCUCUUUCUCUCAGUCUUUUUCUUCAUUGCGCUCUCGUACAUUGCCAUCGCAGUUAAACUAUCGAUGCACGACCGUGUUCAAAGCUCGUUGUCAGCCGAUGUAGAUCAACAUAUCGGCAGUGACCCUUGCCGGGUUGCUCGUCAACAAUCAAAACUGCAGACCAAAAUCGGGUUACAUCUGCUGCGCUUUACAGUAGUAUACGUUCUACAGUUUCUGCCAGUUUGCGUCAUCGUGUUCACGACGGCCCUAGGAGGGACCCCCAGUCUGACUCUCAACGUAUUCGAUAAGAUACUGGCUAACGGAAACGGAUGGAUGAACGCAAUCGCCUACCGACAUUUUGCCAUGAGAACGCAAGACGACAACAGCGCUUCAUCUGAAGUUCCUACAAGAGACGCUGCUGGCAAAUUGUCUACGAGGAACAACCCCACCAUUGGAGCUACUCGUCUGUCAGAGGAUCUUCUUGAACCCGUCCCCCCACCAAGAGUCACUUCGUAUCCACAUGAUAAACGACUCCCCACACCCCCAAGCUCCCCCGAAGCGGUUCAGACCCCUCGUUCGGUUUUAAGCUUGCCUGUAAACGUUGAGCAUGCGGACACCAAGCCCCUGUCCUAGUUGUGAUUCGUUGACCUUGUAACACCGUAUCCAAUAGAGAGCGAAAAACGGCAUCUGUCUAAUUUUUUUUUCCUAGCAUAGUUCCCUUGGCGCGUUGCGGUCAAUCUUUUUUUUUAGUGUUUUGCUUGUAGGCAACUAUUCCUAGUUUUAAUAUAUACUUAAUAACCGCAAAUAAUACGAAAGCUGUAAAGUCGAUUGCAGCCUGUACUGCAUAAUUUUAUGAUUGUCCUCGUGAACAAGGAGCACACAUUAUACAAAAUGGGAUGCAACGUAACAUAUAUUUACAAGUGAAAAAUUAUACAUGAUAUUGUGGGGGUUUACUCAAAGUCUAUCGGGAAAGUGGAUGCUGGAGAGCAGAUCCUGCCAAUCUCCAUUGCUCGGCCUCAGCAGCUAAUCGAGCAGCAUCAUCAAGAACACGCAUCCACUGCGCCAUGUAAACAUGUCGAUCUAAUGUUGGGAUAGAGUUGGAGGAAAAGUCGGAUGGGAAUGAAGCUGCAGAUGUUGGUUGUAGGUAGUCCUGUACAUGAUCCUGAUCUUGCUCCUGGCCCGUUGAUGGAUGAAAAGACGGUUUAGAAGACCAAAUGUCAGAGUAUCGUUUGCGUAGAACGACCGUUUUGGGAUUUGAAACAGUUAAAGCCGAUCGAACUGAGCGUAGUUGUGGAGUAGAUGUGGAUACGACCAUGACUCCAUCUUGAGCCUUUCUGCACAGUGUACAAUCACAAGAUCCU